UCGUAGUUAUCAUCUUCGCUGCUGCCUACGGAGUUCUUCGCGUCAGCUCAUCAAUUAUCGCCUAUUUUGACGGUGGUUCCCACUGCAGUAUAGACGGAACACAGUGGUGAAGCAACAGAGUCAGCAAAAAUCCAGGAUACAGGAAGUAGAUACAGGUACGUCGACAUUUUGAUCUUUUUUCGUCCAUUUUUUGCCCAGUGCGCUUUGUUUAAACAGAAUACCUUUUGUGUGUGGUCCAGGCAAUAUGGCGUUGUAUGGAACAAUUGAUCCUUACAUCCCGGGCACUUCUUUUUCCAAUUAUAUCGAACAUAUAGAGUAUUUUUUCUCUAGUAACAAUGUCCCUGAUGAGAGAAAGAAAGAUUUGUUCAUGACGUUUGCUGGCAUGCCAACCUUUGAGGAGCUUAAGCUUCUGUAUCCAUCGACUGAUUUAAAAACGCUGACUUAUUCUGAGAUUACGAAGAAACUCAAGGAAAGGUUUGAUAAAGUUGAUAAUGAGCUAGUGUCGAGAUACAAAUUUAGAUGCCGCAAGCAAGGACCGUCGGAAUCCAAUGAGAAUUUCAUUUUAGCGGUAAAACUGUUAGCUGAGUCGUGCGAUUUUGGGGAAUUUAGAGAUACUGCAAUACGAGACCAGUUACUUUUCGGAUUAUCGGACAGGAAAUUACAGAAACGUUUACUAAGUGAGGAUGAAUUAACAUUGAGAACAACAGAGAGGAUUAUCAAAAGCAGUGAAAUAGCGGUAAAUCAGGCGGAUGCCAUUAACGAUGGUUCGGCAAAUAUCAACUCGGUGAAGUAUCGGCUUGGAAGGAAUCGUAACUAUGGCGGGCAUGGAAGAGAAUACCGUGGACGAGAAAGAAGUAGAAAUCGUGAUUAUAGGAUGCAACAUGAGAGAUAUGAAAGAAGCAGGUCUCGUUCAGGCCCGAGUUCAGGACAAAUGUCGUCUGGUAAGGGACGAUAUGCCAAUUUUGUUUGCCAUUUUUGUAAAAUUCGUGGGCACAUUCAAAAACAUUGCUACAAGUAUAAAAAUUCUCAAAGAAGCUCAGUAAAAUUUGUAGGAGAGGCUACCAAACACGACGAAGCUCGAGACAAUGUACACGAUUAUUUCAAGAGAUUGCGGGUCGACUACAGCAGUGACAGCGACAGCUCAGAUAGCAAUCGGAGCGAAUCUAAUCUCGGCCCACAGGGGGCAGAUAAGACCGGGACCGGCCAAUAGAACCGAACACAGGCGGAACAUCCAGCUUCGGUUGGCCGAUAUGAGAACACCACGAGGAACCAAACGAUCAUUCAAGGAUAUGGAGGACAUUGAGAAUUCGGAAUCCGAGUUUCCCGAUCUGAGCGAACCUGAUAGCGUCACUCCAAGUCCGUCAAUAAGCGAAGUACAUCCAAGCGUUCUGCAGCCGACGCAUUCGAAUAGUGAACUAAGGAGAUCCAGAAGAAAGAAGAAGUCCAAGAUGCAUGAAGAUUUUCUUAUAAGUAAAGUGUUGUUGCUAUCAAACUCGCAUUUUCAUGUUGAAUUAAAUAUAUUUCCUAAGUUUGCUUGUGAUCUACUCUGAAACAGUUUACUUAAUUUUAAGGGAUAAGGAGUGUAAUAUCCAUUCAGAAUUAGCUAAUCGGUUUAGUUCAGUGCAACACCAGUUGACAGGUCUCGGACUGUUAUAAUGUAAUACCACCAUAACAAAGUAAAGUGUUCGAUGAAUCGUAUAAAACUUGAAUAAACGGAGCGAUCAGCUCUCUUGUAUCGUGA